GCACAGUUGAAUUGGCUUGGUCAUGGUCGUGUCGAACGUGAUGAACUUCUGCCGCCGCGUGUUCUUCGGGGUGGCCCCAUCGCAGAACGAAGACGUCAUCGUGGAGGGCUCUGCCAUCUUCCUUGAGGACGGCGAAGACAAUGACGACGGCAAUCACAUCCCGCCAUGCGCCAGUCCCAACAACCAUGACAGCGACACGGACGACGACGACGAUACAUCUCCUUCCCCACAUCCCCACCGCCUGCCUCCCGCCAAGCGCGUUAAACGGCAAAUCAAGGAUGAUGUUGUUUCGUCAUCUCCGCCACAGCAUGUUCCCAACGUAUACACACGGGUGCUUCUUUCGACGGAACUACUCCCUGUAGUGGCGAAAUUUCAACCAGGCGCGUAUGUAGAUAUCCUGCCAUUCUUAAAAGUACGCUUUUGCCAGUGCAAGACCCGCCGCGGGCUCGAUCGAUGGGUCGAAUACCUCGAACAACUCGACACCAUCUUCCCUGCGUGGUAUGCAAUCCAUGGACUCUCUCGCAUCCGCCAUCUCCACCGGUGCGUGCCGAAAGGCCCCACGCGCGCCGUGAUCCACGCCGCGUCGGUCGGCAACGUGACUGCCAUGCGUCGCCUGCGUCGCAUGUACCGCUUCAAGCUCGUGCUCGACGACUGCAUCAUAGCUGCCGUGAUCAACGGCCAGUUCAACGUCCUCCAGUACCUGCAUGCCGACGAGUCUGUGAACUCGUUUCCCAAGCAUUGCAUGCAAUACGCGGCGGCAUGUGGACAUUUGGGCAUUGUGCAAUUCCUAGACGCGUAUCGCCCAGAAGCAUGCGGCGGCCCGGCCAUGAACGCGGCGGCCGAGUUUGGACAACUGCGCGUGCUCAAGUGGCUGCAUUACCACCGACGAGAAGGAUGCAACACUUGGGCCAUGGACGCCGCCGCCAAGUACGGACACCUUGCCGUGGUGCAAUGGCUCCAUGAGAAUAGGGACGAAGGAUGCACGGUGCUGGCACUGGAAGAAGCGGCAGAGCGCGGUCACUUUGAAGUGGUGACGUUCCUGCGUGAAGUCGUCCGACUUCCGUGGUCGCGGCGCGCGCUCAAGUGCAUGUUGCGAUGGGGUGGACCCCUCGAAGUGCUUCAGGACGCGCACACAGCGGCGCUCGACAUGCUUUAAUGCUCAUCUCUGUUCGCUUCAAUAGAGCACGUGCUGGACACUAUUUUGAUUGGCUACAUGUGCGUAUAUCCGUUUCACAUUCUAGCCAAUCAGUAUCCUUCCGUCCACAUCAAUGCACGGAAUAAUGUCACCGUUUCCAAAUG